GUCGAUGUACGAGAAUUAGAGAGGAGAGUGUUAUCGACAAGAGCUACUACUGCCGUUCAGUUGGAAGGGGGUGUGUUUUGCAUUAGUGAACUUUAGAGGAUAAUAGACCCAGAAUAAAAUUAUAAAUAUUAAAGAGAUCGAUGGAUUCUUCACAAAGCCCUCCAGUUAGCAGAGGCGACGCCAGGGAAGUAACGAGAGAGAAAUUGGAAACUGUUCUUAAGAGUUUUCACAAAACACGAAACCCAGAUGUCGAUCCUGUGCUUGAGGUGAAGCCCGCCUUGGAGAACAUCGAGAGGGCCCACCUAAGCGCAGACGACUUGGCCGUGCCCUGGGUCCCCGCGCUCUACUACGCCAAGUACGACGCGGGAAAGGAGUCCAUGCUGGUUCUGGAGAACAUGUGUCCCCGCGGCUACGAGGUCGAGGAUUUCAACAAGGGCCUGAGUUACGGCCAGGCGAAGUCCGCUUUGGUGGCCAUCGCCAACUUUCACGCCGCGUCUUUGGCGCUGGAGGUGAAGGAAGGGAAACCCCUCCAGGAGCGGUUCCCGUUCUUGUACUCGGUGGAGCAAGCGGUGACCUGUUUCGCCCACCUGGUGGAGAGGCUUCUGCCAACAACACUGGGCUUCUUCGAGUCCCGUAAGGACCGGCAGGAGGUUCGCGACGGCCUGCAGCGUUUCCUCAAUGGGAAGGACAUAAAGCUGGCGCUGCGCGAGGCCCUCACUCCUUCGGGGAAACUCAACACUCUGCUGCACUACGACUUCUGGUGCAACAACCUCCUCGUCCGGAGCGACGGCGACGCAACGCACAGCUGCAUCGUCGACUGGCAGAUGCUUGCCUACGGACUCCCGGCUCUCGACGUGUCCCUCAUGAUCUGGUCGUCACUCACGCCCUCCGUCAGGCGUCAGUAUGGCCAGGCCCUCCGCUCCGACUACUGGACGGCGCUCACGUCCAGGCUUGCGAAGUUCGGCAUCGAUCUCGGGACGCUGGGCUACGGCAGGGAGGACUUCGACGCGGAGUUCAGGGCGGCCGAUUUGGUGUCGGGCCUCAUCAUGCUCGGCAGCACGGAUAUCGCUUCGGGCUUCGCGGACAGGGAGGAAAGGCACGUCGAGAUUAUUGCGGAUCUUGUUCGGGAAGGAAUAUAUUCGUAGACAAAUAACCCUCAAGGACAUUAAUAUUUCUAUCAAGGAGGGAAGGAUGCAGUUGUCUUCAGCAAUAUACAAAGCGAAAGUUUAACACCAAGAUAAUAAAAUUUCAUUGUUUUUA